GGAGCAUCCUUAGCAGAGUUAUGAGGCCAAAUAGUGAAUCCAAAACUAAAAAGGUGAAAAAGAUGCCGUGUGACGUCACACGCCUUUCCCUCUCCUCCCGAGCGCGCGCGCGCUGCGCUCUUGCUCGAUUAUUUAGUGAGCAGCGAAGAAGCAAACCCCAUGAUCAAAGUGGGCUGAUCAUUACAAUUAAAAAAAUACAUGUAUUAUUGAUUUAGUUUAUUAUCGAUUCGGCGCUCUAAUGCCGAACUGAAUUAUGAUAGGUGCGCGGAGCAGAGAAUGCCUCUGAAGACUGACACAUGCAAAUGAGCUGUUAUCGAAACAAACCAGGUGCGUCAUUUGGUUGAAAAAAAUUUAGGGAGCGGGAAAAGAACAGACGAACUAACGACUCAAGGAAAAUAGCCGCGGUGCUCGUGGUGCGCGUCAUGCGACAUGAGUAACAUCAGUGAUGGAGUUGGAGUGCUGCUGCCCAUGUGGAACUUAAGGGCGAUCGAUGGCGCGACGAAGGACUUCACCCGAUCAUCCGUGCGGUGGCCGGUUAGCAUCGGCUAGCGCGUCUGCUAUCCAAAAUCCACACUCAACAAGUCCAGUGAACUGUUCGUCAAUGUCUCGUGCAAUGUGUCUACAAAUGAUUCCACAUCUUGCUCGCCAGUGGAGGACAGCGACGGAGAUGCAAGUCCAUAUAAGGCAUUUGAGAUGUUUUUUAUAGCCCUGGUUACUGGAUCGUUGAGCCUUGUGACCGUCACGGGAAACAUUUUGGUCAUGCUGUCCAUCAAAGUCAAUCGCCACUUACAGACUGUUAAUAAUUAUUUUUUGUUCUCGUUGGCCUGUGCUGACCUGAUCAUUGGCGCGUUCAGCAUGAAUUUGUACACUGUCUAUAUCAUCGUUGGAUACUGGCCCCUCGGGCCUGUGGUUUGUGACCUAUGGCUCGCUUUAGAUUAUGUGGUGUCCAAUGCGUCAGUGAUGAACCUGUUAAUCAUUAGUUUUGAUCGCUACUUCUGUGUGACUAAGCCCCUCACAUACCCUACAAGAAGGACAACGAAGUUGGCAGGGCUGAUGAUUGCGGCAGCAUGGAUCUUAUCCUUCAUCCUUUGGGCCCCUGCAAUCUUGUUUUGGCAGUUCAUAGUUGAGCAGCGAACAGUCCCACCUGGAGAGUGUUACAUUCAGUUCCUGUCGAACCCUGCCGUUACGUUUGGCACAGCUAUAGCUGCAUUCUAUCUUCCAGUCAUUAUUAUGACAGUGCUGUACAUCCACAUCUCCCUGGCAUCCAGGAGUAGGGUUUCCAAACAUAAACUGGACAAGAAGAGCUCAAAUACUACAAAAAAGAUUAAGAGUCACAUGCUGAAGCAAAACAACAAUGAAACCAGUCCUCAGACCAGUCUCCACCUGGCUCCCAAGCUCAGUUUAGACUCGACAACCACUGCGGACGAGGCUAUGAAGAAUGGCAGGCCGGAUUCAACUAAAGCAGAUGGACCACGGGAGCCGGCUCAACCCAGUCCAGGACUCGUAACACAGGAGGAAAAGGAGAGCUCCAAUGAUUCGUCCACUGCAUUUAUACACCCAACAGAACCAAAAGCCAGCAAUAAAGUGAUACUUGAGGAUCCAAACAAUUCUAAAGCACAAGUAAGCACAACUGUCUCAAAUCCUUCUAUGUCCAAGAUGAACCCAACCUCAAGGUGGUCCAAGAUAAAGAUUGUUACCAAACAUGCUGGAGAUGAAUGUAUCACAGCUAUUGAGAUUGUCCCGCCAGUGGAGGGCGCAGAGAGCCAUUCCAUACCGAUCAGCCGUCCCAGGACAGUUGCAAGAAAAUUUGCAAGCAUCGCUCGGAGCCAAAUGAAGCGGAAAAGACAGAUGGCCGCCCGUGAAAAGAAAGUGACCAAGACAAUCUUUGCUAUCUUACUGGCUUUCAUCAUUACUUGGACGCCCUAUAACGUCAUGGUGCUGAUCUCCACCUUCUGCCAGUCGUGUGUUCCUGACACCGUGUGGGCCAUUGGCUACUGGCUGUGCUAUGUUAACUCCACUAUCAAUCCAGCUUGUUACGCCCUGUGCAACGCCACAUUCAAAAAGACUUUCAAGAACCUGCUGCUGUGCCAAUACAAGAACAUAGGCACAAGAUGAAAGGGGAGGAGGGGUGCUAAGGGGAGAAUGGAGGUUGUGGAAAAAGAAGGGAGGAGAGAGGGUAAGAAGGAGACGAUGGAUGGAGGCAUUUCAAAGAAGGGCUCCUGAAGACAUUUGCAGGGUGCAGAUAGGAAUGACAUGCUUUCAUCAUAUUUGCUCUGAGGGAGCAUGUGAGAGAAUAUUUAUUACUGAUGAGCUGAUGGAAAAAAUAUGUCUAGAAAAAAACUAUACUAAUUAAUGGCUGUAAAACAACUAAGGGAGGGGGGGAAACAUGGCCAGUGGUUCUGAAAGAAGAAAAGGUUCUGAACAGAUUAGGAUAAAUUAAUUCAGUGAUUAAAGAAAUUGGAUGUAAUAUAAUUAUGAUUGUCAGUGUAUGUAUUGUGUGCAGGGAUUGAAUGACUGCUAAACAUUGAAACUAUACAGAUGCAUAAAUUGUAUACUACUUUGAUGAAUACAGGGAUUGUUGUGGUGUUGAUACUCUCAAUGAUUCAUCACUUGAACUGAAUAUUUACCUUCAUAAAAAAAGUGAUCACUCAAAACCUUCAGGAUUUGUGUCCAAAUGUCACAUUUGUAAAGAGGAGGGAAGCACAAUCCCAAAGACCCAACCACGUUUUGCAUGGGGAUUCAAAUACUUCACUCAAUGAAAUACAAAUAAAUAAAAAAUAUUUUUAAUGUAUUUUUUUCAAGAUUUAGUUGAUAUUUCAUUUUUCUGUCUCAAAAUAAACCAAUCGUAAACAUAUUGACUGUUCAUGUCAUUUAAGAUGCUAAACUUAAAAAAAUGCAGGGGAUGAAAUAACAAGUUCCCAAACUGUAUAUAGUUAUGUAACAAGUUACACACCUUAGCUUUCAUUACAUCACAUGUAUAGCACACACGUUGUACAUUUUCUACUUUAUAGGAAGUAUACUUUAAUUUACUUUAAUAUGGCAUGUGGUAAUAUGGCUACAGCCAUUAACUAUUGUUGAUAAUAUAACAUUCCACUGUAUUGUAUUCAUGCAAACAAAGCACUGACAAGUCUACAGAUAGUACUGAGCAGAGUUUGAUUUUACCUGAUAGUUUAACCAUAAUAAUAUACAUUUACAGUCAGUGUUUCUCAUGGACAACAUAGUUUGCUAACUCUGUCUAAUGUAACUAAAAUACAUAAUAAUAAUAAAUGUUUUUAUGUAAUGACAAUACCAAAUACAGUACCAAUAGUUUACCAUUCAUAUUACUGUGACUAAAAUUAAUAAUUAAAUUCAUAUAUACCAAAGACAUUAGUCAAAAUUCUGAGGGUAAAACGUUUUUAAAUCGAUCCAUUUUAAGGUAGAAGAAACAGUUGAAAAAAGUUUAACUGACUUUUAACAUCCUGUUUGUGUUUUUUAUGUCCUGUACUGAGUGAGUGAAAAAAUUGCUUUUUUACAAAACACUUAAAUCAUUAUCCUAUGUCAAAGCAUACUGGUUUUGAUUAUUGAAUUGCAGGAUUCCCCUCUACCAUCCCUUUAAAAUCAUUUUAAAUACAUUAUUUUAUCAAACAAUAUUAUGAACCCCAACAAGCCAAUAGUUGGAUUCCAUCGUAGGCACUUGUACUUUUUCCAGGGCCAGAACAUGAUUAUAUCUGAUGUUAUGCAUGUAUGUUUCUAAGUAUCAAGACAAAGGUUUUUUUUUCCUGGAAGUGAAGCAUGUUUUGCUGAAUCUGUCUCAGUACAUGGCCAUUGAGGCAUUGUGAAUUGUGCUCGUCCUUAUCACAAUAAAAAUCCCAACUACAUUGAUAAAGUUGAGGCAGAAACCAAAAACAGGAAAACAUUUUUUACUAUUGAUAAACAAGUUAUUUGAUGGGUACAUUCUAUGUAUUUGAAUUGUAUAUGUGUCUCUAUUCAGGUCAAUUUGAAGUGGAACAAUAUAAUGUAUGUGUAAUGUUUAUUUAAUUUUAUUUUGGACAUAUAUACUGUAUGCAAUGUAAUUUCUCUGUAUUUAAAAUCCUAUUUAGAUAGAGCUGAGUUCCCAAGAGCUAUUGUAGGGUAUUAUUCUUUAGGGGUAAAUCUAUCAUUAACUGGGAGUAUAGGCAAAAAAACUAAUGCUAUCUAUUUUACCUUAAGAAAAAUAAAAAUAAUUAAUCAUUUGUUUUAUGCGGAUAAUCAAUUUAUUUUUUAAACCCUUUUUUGCAGCUUUUGGGAAAACAACUUUUGAUGACAUGUCUGUAACAGAUUUUUAUUGCAUUUGUACAUUUUGUUUUUGUAAAGAUUUUCAACACAUUAUGCAUACUGUUCUCUGUAAAUACAAAAUAUUAGGUUAAGUUAUAAGUAUGUACAAGAUUGAAUUUUACAAUGUUAAUAAACAUCCUACUAAUGCACAACUGCACACAGCGUUUU